CACAAAUAGCAGCUGCUGGUGGAGCCUCUCCAGCAAAGAGGCCAUCACCAGCACCUCCUCCUCCUCCUCAGGUGGCUGAGCCUUCUGCUCCUGCAGAAGGUCCCUCUGAUCAUCCAGCUUCACCUCCAUGUGGUGAGCUGGAUGGUGAGGCAGAGAGGAGACCAAGCAGGGAGAAGCAUGUCGUGACAGUGGAUAAAUCCAGUAACCAACGCUUCCAGACAGAUGUGAGAGAGAAGAGAGGGAUGAAAGAGGAGAUAGGAACUACAAGAAAGAGCAACGAACAGAGAGAACAGAAGGUUUCAGAAGGUUUGAAGAAAGAUGACAAAGCAGAAGAUUCAAUAAGAUCCAGAGAGGCCGGUGUCACGAGAAGCUCCGAACCAGGAGCUGCGAAGAAGUGGAAAGUCCGAGAGGAGUCGAUGAAAACUGUGGAGUCUGAGAGGGUAAAUGAAGGAGGCGCACGGGCUGCAGGUUCACGUCCAGUGUUUGUGAAAAAAACGUCCUCCCUGGUGGUAAAAACCGGUGAGAUGUCUGAGUUCACCUGUCAGUUCCAGGGAGACCCUCCACCCACCGUCGGCUGGCUCAAAGAUGGACAUCCGCUGGACAACAACCCGGACUACGACAUCAUGAUCAAAGAAAACAAGUCAAAGCUAACUGUCUUCUAUCCAACGACCGACCACGAGGGGACGUACGACCUCGUCAUCACCAACAAACACGGAAAAUCCACCUGCAGCGCCAUUCUCCAGAUCUCUGAUAAAAAGCCGCAGAGAAAGACGGCCGUUGCCCAAGAAGUGGUGAUUACUGAGGGGGUAGAGAAAGGGGAGGAACACCACGAGAGUCUGAUAGAGGAGGAACUUCAGACCUACAUGGAUUUAGGAAAAGCGACACUCCAGGUGCCCCAGGCUGUCAUCCACAGACACCAGUCUUUAGAUGAGUCCAAUACCCCCUCCCCAGUAGAGAUCCGGAUCACAGCUGCGACUCCAGUCCCUGAGAUGUGUGAGGAGAGCGGUGAGGACAGACCUCAGGUAGCAGACGUACAAAGCGAUGAUGGAGCUUCUCAGACUGUCAAACAUAAGUUUACGUUCUCCUUCGAUGUGGUUGGAGAAGCUCCCCUUGUAGUCAUGCAGCUGGAAAACAUCAGCUGCUCUGAGAGCAGCGUUGCAGUACUGCAGUGUGUCAUUUCUGGUGAGCCCCCCCCAGAGGUCACAUGGUACCAUGACGACAUCUGCCUCGACGUCACUGCUGAUAAACACAGAGCUGAGGUUGAUGUUAAAGUCUACAGACUGUUUAUCAGUGGUUUCACCUCCUCUGAUGCUGGAGUGUACAAAUGUGUUGCCAGGAAUAAACUUGGGGAGGUUUCCAGCAUCUCUGAGGUGUCGUUUCAAGCUGGAGAACCUGUCCAGUUUUCUGAAGUUGGUGAAGUUAAGGAGCGUGAUGGCCUCACUCGAUCUGGGAGACUGAGGAAAUCUUCUGUUGGAUUAACAGAGGAUGUCAAGGAGCCAUCCAUGGUCCAGAAAGCUGCCGAAGAUAAACCUCAGAUUAGACAAACACCUUCAGAUGUGAAACCUCCCAGAUCUAGACCUGGUCUUUUUACAGUAACCCCAACUAUCUCAGGAUGUGGACUCCAGGGUUCUGCUGCUGUGAUCAAAGUCUCUCAGAUUAAACAGGCUUUUGAGUCAGACUCGUCGGUUGCUUUGCCACCUCCUUCUCCUGAGGAGCAAAGAAAGGACACAAAGUUCCCAGAGGAGUUCAUACCUGUUGUGGACACUUCUCCUGACCAGCAGGUUUGGAUGGCUGCACCUGGACCUGACAGCAUGCACAGAGACCAGGAUGAUGGACUUCCCAUGCUUCCUGUGGCACCUGAACCCAUUCCCUCUGAGACCUCCCAGCCCGUUGAGGCUGUUGAAGGAGCAGCAGAGAGACAUUAUGUAGUGAAGGAGUUUGUGGAGGAGGUGCCGGAGUUUUCAGAGCUGCUGAGACCUCAGCCUCAGAAAGCUGCUGCUCUCCCUGAACAGAUGGAGGCAGGUAAGGUGGAGAUGGUGAAGGAGGAGGUCUUACGGAUGUUCGACAGAACCAGCAGCUUCAUUCCUUUCAAGCCUGAAAAAGGUCCUGCUGUGAAACACUCCGUUAAAAGUUCAGGUCCAACUAAAGAAAAGCCUGAGAGAGACAGGACAGCUGAAGAUGUCCAGGAGGACAUCUCUGCUGGUCUGCAUGGAAGUGGUUUUGUUGAGGGGUUGACAGAGACUGGAACACUACUGGAUCAGGAGGUUAAAGGGUUAGAGGAGGUAGAACAGGUGAGUGAGGAGGCUGAACUCGAUGGUAAAGAGCUGAUUUCAAUCCCAGAGCAGUCUAUGGACAGCGGCAUCUUUGUCAGUAUGCCAGAUUCCAAGGUGGAUGUGAUGAAAGUUUCAUCAGAAAUGGUUCCUGCUGAUGUAACUGAGACUAAAAUAAAAACUGAAGGUGACAGGAUCAGUAUCUCGGCUGAAUCUGAACCGUUAGUUGUAAAACCCAAAGUAGAGAUCUCGAUUAAACCACCUGACCUACCAGCAGAGGCUGCCAUUAGUGUUGACGGUACCUCGGCAGCUGAAGCUGGGGGAGUAGCACGGGCUUCCUUGGAAGAAGAGGAGGUCACUUUCGGUGCUGUGUAUGACUACUACAACCCUCCAACAGAUUGGGGCAGGCCGUUGUCCCCCGAGUCUGAGAUGUCCAUAGAGAUAGGCAGCACCAUGAGCGAAGAGAUCACUGAGGUUGCUGAGAGGUUCUACACCCCAGGCUCCUCCACCGAGGUCUCGCAGCCAAUCGCAGAGUCCCUCCACACAAUCAAAUCUCCCACAUCCUUCUGUACUCCAAGUUCUGAAAUAUCUCCUGGGUUUACAACACCUGACGAAUAUCCCUUCUCCCCCGUCAAACACCAGAGGCCCUCAACAGCAGACUCCAGUGAGAUGUUCUUCUCACCAGUUCACUUCCUGCCCUCUCCUGCUGAGAGAGGUUUUGAAACAUCUGGAGUAAACAUGGAUGAAAAUAGAUUCGCCUCUCAGAACAGAGGGUCUUUAGGACUAGGAACACUUCAGGAGAAAGUGCAGGGAAUCCCUCCGGCCUUCCUCAAACCCCUCAUUAAGAAAAGAGUGUUUGAAAAUGAUUCACUGACGUUUUACGCCGAGGUGUUUGGACUCCCUUCCCCUGAGGUGAGGUGGUUCUGCAACAAAACCCAGCUGGUGGCGGACGACAAAGUUACGAUGGAGAGAGAUGGUGACAGCAUCUCUCUAAUGAUUCGCAACAUCACCAAAGCCGAUCAGGGAGAGUAUAUCUGCGAGGCUGUGAACUAUGUUGGCGAGGCCAGAAGCGUUGCUCUGGUUGGAGUCGUGUCACAGGAGGUGAGGUUCAUGCCUGCUCCGCCUGCUGUCACCCAUCAACAUGUGAUGGAGUUCGAUGUGGAAGAAAACGACUCCUCCCGGUCUCCAUCGCCACAGGAGAUUCUGCUGGAGGUAGAGCUUGAUGAGAAUGAGGUGAAGGAGUUUGAGAAACAGGUUAAGAUCAUCACCAUCCCCGAGUACACGGCUGACAACAAGAGCAUGGUAAUAUCUCUGGAUGUGUUGCCAAGUAUUUAUGAGGAGGGGGCCGUGGACUUUGUCACCCAAGAGCAUGAUGAUUUGAAAAUAGCAUUUGAGGUCACAGAGAUGCCUCCGAGGUUUAUCAAUCCCAUCUGUGACAUGGAGACCCCAGAGGGUACCACUGUGAUGUUUGAGUGUUCUCUGAUGGGAAUUCCAUCUCCUGUCGUGUCCUGGUUCAAAGGUGACAAAAAAAUUCCACACAGUAACAAAAAAUACCUGCACUUCUCCGAUGGAGACAACCACUUCCUGAAGAUCUACAAGGUCACGACUCAGGACAGUGGGGUGUACACCUGCAGGGCGAUUAACCUUGUUGGGGAGACUCUGUGUCGGGCUUCCCUGGUGGUUUUAAAUGCGAAGGCUUUCUCAGGGAAGACCAGAGGCAGGGAGCUGACCGCUGUGUCGCUUGGAGGUGCCAAAGUCCAGCCGCAGAAGUUCGACCUGAUGGUCGGUAACACAUCGUUUGAUGGCGAACAGGUGUCAGAAAUUGAGCUUGAGUUUGAGUUUGAGCAAGAGGCUGAUGAGUCGCAGCGAGCAGUCAGGUUGGUGGCCAACACCAAUAGCGAAACAAGUGAACAGGGAGAGAAGUAUGUUAGUGUUAACUUCGAUGUCUUUGCUGAGCCAGCAAAGGAUGACAAGGUAGAGUUCAAAGGAAAGUCCACCGAUAUGUGUAGCUUUCAGUUCCAGGUGACUGAAACACCCCCUAAAUGCAUCAUCCCAUUAACGAACGUAACGGCAGCAGUUGGGACGCCCGUCAUCCUACAGUGUCUGGUUGGCGGGAAACCAAACCCCAUCGCUCAGUGGUUCAAAGACGGAGAACCCGUCAAAGACAGUAGGUGUAUAAUCCAGGAGAAAACUGCAGGGCACUUCAAUCUGCUCAUCACCAACGUGACCCAGAGUGAUGCUGGGGAGUACAAGUGUAUGAUCCAAAACUCUGCUGGCUUCACGGAAACAACAGCACUGCUUAAGGUGUUUUAAGGAGGAAGGUUCUAGUGCUGGUUGCAUGUCCCCAUGUUUCUCUUGAAUGAAUCCAACUCGUUCUUUUUGUCUAAUUCCCUUUGUUCCCUGACCUUCGUUUAGACAGAAGCUCGUGAAAAUGAGAACUUGUUUGAUUCAGGUUUGACUUUGAAAUGUCUCGCUCCAUUCAGACCGGUUUUAAAUUAAGCCAAGGCCUGGAAUAUAUAUACGCUUUUUAACCUCACAUUUGCAUAGCCACCCAGCAUCAUCGUAAGUAUAAUCAUUCUCAUUCUUGCUUGUGUACUAUGGCUGUUACUAGAGGAUUCCACUAGGGGGCGCAUUAGAGAACUCAGGCCGGAAAGAUGCUGAAUUUGUAGAGUGAAAACAAAACGGCUCUAAAGCAAACAUGUCACGACAAUCGCAAGUAUGUCUCGCUUGUGUUGCCAAUGCAAGAAGCUGACAAUGGUAAAGACAUCAAUAUUUUCGAAUUAUGUACUUUUGCAUGUUUUCACGUUACUUUCUAAAAUACUUCUGAUCUCUCUUCUGUUGUGACAGUUACAUUUGUCACUGCAGCAGCAAUACGUCAUAAAGGUUUGGGUAAUUUCAGACUUGCUCAAGAAGCUUGUCUUUAAAACUUUAUGUAAUUUUUACAGCUGUCGACCUCGUCACCUUACAUUUGAUCAAACGAGUCCUUACACUGCCCCCUACUGGUUGCGCUCAUAUUGCAGCUUGCAGUUGCACAGCAUUAAUUGCUGAGGACGUGCACAUAGGAUGCUUCAAACAAAUGCAAAAUACAUGAGAUGGGCAUGAAAAGCAUGCAUAAGAGUAAAUAAAAGCAAGUACAUAUUCAUCCUAAGCCUACAUAGAAAUGCUGAAGUCUUCAUUGUGUGAUGAGCCCGCUGUCCUGUUGGUGUGGAAAUGUUCAUCAGAGCGUCUGCUGUGAGUCUUUCUGGUUAUUUAAACUUUAAGUUUUUGGUAGAAAUAUCUGAAUUUAGUUUCUUUUUAUUUUCUCUUAACUCAUUAAAGGUUCGUGUAUGAAUGUUGAAAUUUAAAGACAUUAUGGAGAAAGAAAUGGUCUUUGUAACUCAGUAAUACAAACCAAAGCUGGUAACAACAGAUUUGAUGGUGUGUGUGAGCAAACAUUACAAAUUAACAUAAAAACACAUCAUGACGAAGCCGAGAGUGGCCUUUUCUAGAAUCAUUUUUAUCCCAUUAUUUCCAGAUUAUGAUUAUUAGUUCUGUUAUCUUUAGAUAAUGAUGCUCUUUUUCACGGUGUUACAAGAAAUUGUCCUUUUCUGGAGAUGACGACAUACAAGCGUCAAAACUGAGCAGCUAGCACCUGAUUUAACGGAUAAUUGUCACAUCUGGUCAGAAUCUAUGACAUAAAGUUGAGCCGUGUGUGGUUCUUGUUUCCUGGUGAUAAGUUUAACAAAGAAAGACCUUUUUGUUUUAGUGUAGGUUUGGGAAAUAAUACAACUGUUGUCUUGAGGUUACGAGGCUUAAAAAUGUUCAAGCCUGGCCACUCUGGGCUUCCGUACGUCAGACAUUAAAUAAAACUGUUAUCAAACAGGAAAAUCUGAACAUCUGACAGGCUGAUUUCAUCAUUUCCACUAAAAAUCAGAUGCAAAGCUUCUAAAAAUAUCACGUGAAGUUCGUCACGACAAAACGUUGACGAAUUAAGAUAUUGGUUAUUUAAAGUGUUCUAUUGAACAAGUCUGCAGUUCUGAUUGAUCAGCAGAUGGUGAAACAGUCAGGUAUUUCUGCAGGUAACAUCAGUUUCCAGUUCAAACAGAGUGUAUUGAUCUGCUUCUCAGCAGUAUUGAUACUGAUCAGUUAUUCUCUCCAUCAUGAUUUUUAAUCUGUGAUCGUAUCAGAAAUCAAUCAGGAAAACAUCAUGAAGAUAUUUUAUUGCUCACUUGAAAUAUUUUAGUUGUUGAUGAACAGAUGUGUUUAGAUACAGCUGUGUGUGUGUGUGUGUUUUGAUGCUUGUGACUGCUAACUGUGGGAGUUUAAAGUGGAUAAUCCACAGAUGAAUAUGUUGACUGAUAACCACUUUUUAAAAGUUGAUAAUACUGUGAACUUUUUUAAAGAAAAAAAAAAAGUUUGGGUGUUUUGUAAAUAUUUGUAUUUUAGCAGCGUUCAGCCAAAACAAUCUGCUUAAUGAGAAAA